CGGAAGUUGGUUAUUCUACUAUAUUUGAUUGGCUCAAGAUAGAAUCGUUCCGAAAAGCCAAAGAAACGAAAGUUUCUAUCUAAAAGAUGACAUGGUUGGGUUGAGUUUCCUUCAGUCUAUGUCCGAUAUUACUGCAAUUGUCCCAAACAAAGAGGAUAAAGCAUAUGUUCACCCCAACGAGAAAUGCUCUGUUUCCAAGCUGAACGAGAAGAGCUUAGAGAUGUGCACUGAGAGCCUUGGGACCGAAACAGGAAGCGAGAGUGGCGACGAGUUGUCAUUGCUUGCGUUGGAAGCGACCACCACUCCUAGGGUUCCUACUCCUCAACCGAAACGUCAAGAACACGAAGACACUGACUUGCCAACCAAGAAAUCAACGAUGAGUCGCAAAAACAGCUUCCCGCCGCCGAUAAAGUUCGUUGAAGAUUCAAAGUAUAAUCGUAUGGUGAGAUGGUUGGGCGAAGAUGGUCGACUUGUAGUACAAGCAAUUAGGGUUCCGUCCCCUCCCCGUUGCUUCGUAGCAGAACGUGGUGAAGGAAGGCUUCGUCUCUGCUUAGCUUCAGAAAGUUCUCUACUUAGGCACAAUUACCACGAGGAAGAAGAUGAAGAAACAGAGGAGGGCGUGGAGGAGGAAAAUAGCGAGAACAUGGAGGGUAAAAAUGGAAACAAGAAGUAUAGCAGAUUAAGCAGCAGGUGCAAGGAGGAGAAUGGUCGUGAGCCUAAACCAAUGCUUACUUGGAAGCAGCAGCAUUUUUGGGUCGCCACUUGAUUACUUAAUUCGACUUCGAUAAUUAAAUAUGUGGGUUUUAUUUUAGGUUAUAUAUAACAUAUAGUAGUAUAAGUUAUUCUUGUCUUUUCUAUUUUUAGUAUGAUUUCUCGAGGGGACUGGGGAGUGUUUUCUAUUUCUGUCUAAUGUAAUGGGUUA